AUGCGCGGAAAAAAUACGUUUGUGUAUUUGUGCGCAUCAUUUUCUGCCUUUGGCGGACUACUCUUCGGAUAUGACCUUGGUGUCAUAUCUGGUGUUCUCACGAUGCCAUAUUUUCGCGAAAAGUUUCCUUCGGGUCCAGCGAAAGAAGGAUCGAUCGUAUCUUCUUUUUUGGCAGGAUGCUUUGUUGGUGCACUUUUUUCAGGAUAUUCUGCGGACAAACUUGGUAGGAGAAUGUCGAUUCUAGUAGGAUCCCUGACGUUUAUAGUCGGCGGGAUUCUGCAAGCUACGUCGGAAUCAUUUGCCCAGCUUUACAUUGGUAGAGUUAUUUCAGGGACUUCGAUUGGUAUUUUAUCGACGGUGGUGCCUAUGUAUCAAUCUGAAAUUAGCCCUAAGGAAAUUCGAGGUCGUCUAGUUUCCCUUCAACAAUGGUCAAUCACCAUAGGAAUAGCGGUGGCAUUUUGGAUCGAUUAUGCCACCGGAGAAAUCAACUCACCGCAACAAUGGAGAAUUCCAUUGUGGGUACAAUGCGUGCCUGCAGCCGUGCUCGCGUUGGGAAUCGUGUUCCUACCACGUUCACCUCGUUGGUUACUGGAUUACGACCGCAAUGACGAAGCGCUGACCGUUCUUUCCAAACUCCGCGCGAACGGUGACAAAAAUGAUCCCGCGGUGAUAAGCGAAUACAAUGAAAUUAAAGAUAAUAUUCGAUUUGAAAGGGAAAACGCGUCAAAGGGUUAUGCUGAAUUACUGAAACGUGGCCCGGAAAAUAUUCGACGUAGAAUAUUUCUUGGCAUUUUCAUCCAAAUUUUCCAACAGCUCACGGGUAUCAACGCUAUUAUGUACUACGCGCCACAAAUUUUUACCAACGCCGGUCUUACAAGCAAUUCUUCAAAACUACUUGCCACCGGAGUCAAUGGUAUUGUUAAUGUGCUUGCCACCAUUCCUGAAAUUCUUUGGAUCGAUCGAUGGGGCCGUCGACCAACUAUGAUAUCAGGAGGACUUCUCAUGGCAUUAUGUAUGACUACUAUUGGUAGUGUGUUAGCAGUACAUGGAACCAAGUAUUAUGACAACGAGCUUGGAAAGAAUUUUGUGAGAUUAGAUUCAAAUGCGAGUUCUUAUUCCAUAAUUGCAUUCAUUUAUUUGUUUGUCGCGUCUUUUGCAUACUCCUGGGGACCGUGCGGAUGGAUUUAUCCGGCUGAAAUUUACCCUUUGAGAAUUCGAGGAAAGGCUUUAUCCAUUACGACAGCUGCGAAUUGGCUCCUAAAUUUAGUUGUAGGUCAAGUGACGCCUACUUUGUUAGACAGCAUUACAUGGGGAACUUAUAUCAUAUUUGGAUCAUUCUGUUUGAUAAUGACUGUAUCGAUUUUCCUAUUUUACCCUGAGACCAAAGGAAAAUCCCUAGAAGAAAUGGAUAUGAUAUUUGGAAGUAUUUCAACACGAAGUUCUUUGGAGCCAUCUACUGCAGAAAAAGGUCAAGCUCCCGCGCUAAUUCAAGUUCCUGGUGAUGAUUCGAAUGCUCAAGAGCUGGGUAAAACUAACACAGGAACUGAUGGUUAA